AUCAAAAGUGGUCAGUAUCGCGCCGGCGCUAGUCCCGGUCGAGUGAAUCAGUCCACAGACUCGGGAGUUAGAGCCUUAUUUAACCGAUAUUCGGACGUGUACCGUUUCGCCACUGAGCUUCCUUCCUGUGAAUCACGAACCGACCGCAGUAGCCAACGCUUUCAGUUUCCUAUCGCACAUGGAGGCAAUACCGCGGCUGUGUAACGAUUAAUUAAACACAAAUGUUAAUUUUUAAAUCGAAUAGUUUUCAUAAAACAAUUUAGUCGGCAGCCGGAGGAAUUUCAAGUGGAGUUUCAUUUAUAAUAUGGAUAAAACAUUGUUUUUGUUGGCGUUAACGUUGUUUUAUAACUCAUCAGAAGCAGUGAAGUGCUACUUCUGCGAGCCACUUGCGUCCAACUACCAAGACAUACGGUACACGAAGCCGUGUGAGAAGUUCGACAAAAGUGACUUGUAUGUCGUAGACUGCGAUUCGUCGACCAUGUGCUUCAAGACGCAGGUUGAUUUCGACUUCGGGAAUGGAGUGACAACGACAUACCAGCGCGGCUGCGCCGCUCAGACAUUGAGCGGGGACCAAAGAAACAUCGGAGGGAAGUGGACCCAUGUGACCAGGAUAUACGAAGUUUACGAAGAAGGGUGCAAAAUAGAAAAAGAUAGUGAGAGACUGACCACUAGCACACACUGCUACUGUCGUGGAGACUAUUGCAACGGUGCGGCCAAAAAUAGGCAAUAUACAAUUUUAGCUGUAAUUAGUUUAAUAAUUAUGAUUAUAUAAAUAAUGUCUAAAUGUAUUUUGUGUAUAGAAAUAUCACGCUACUAUUUUGGUCAAGCUUUAUAGCAAAUCUUUGAAAUGUGUUGUAGUUAUAGCCCAUGACGAGAUGAUAUUUUCAAAUUAUAACGGCUAACGUAAUCCGAACCAUUUACUUAUUUUUUAAUUCCGGUAACUGAACUGUACAUAAAAUGCAUAUGUUGCUGGUAUCUUAAGCUGAACAAAUAUUACUAAAAGUGAGGUAAUAUACACGCUGUGGAUUUAAAUGAAGGCCAAGCUGGCUAUACGAGUAAACUUGUAUUAUAUAGGUUGGAGUGAACUCCUUACAAUUCUGGUCGUUACAUAAUAUUCAAUUUGUAUGCAUAAUCCGACGUAAGAAAAAUACAAAGUACCAACAACGAAUGAAAAUUUACGAAUACUAUUUAGUUAUUUGCUUCUCAUAUAAAUAUUCAGUGAUUCUAUUUACUAUGAAAUGGAUAUUCAAUAUGAAUUGCAAUUUGGUAAUAAUAAUCGUUUGACAAAAAAUAUUUAUUUAGCAUUUAUUAUAUUUAAAAGAUUUAAAUCUAGAGGAAACAGAAUGUGUCUUGUUAGAAGUUUCUUUGUGAUGUCUAAUUCAGUUUUAACUUUGCUUGAGCAUAUGGGUGCCAAUGGUCUGGCAAUUAAGGAAUACGAAAGUCCGUGCGAAAUGGAGAAGAAAAAAUAGGAAAGUCUGGAAAGAAACCGGGAAACCUCUCGAUCUGAGAGAGAAACUUUUAAAAGCUUUUUCUUCAAUAAGAGAUAUAAAGAGCUUUCUUGUGGUGCUUUAGUAUUACGCAUGGUUACUAGUCAUAGAUUAAUGUGUAAAUUUUGAUAAACAUUUUAUGUACUUACAGAAUUUGUGAAUAAUAUAUCUAUAAUAUCUUUAAAAUAGUAGCUAGUUUUCACGUAUGAGUCCUCUCAGAAUAAAUAGGCAAUUUUUUAAUAGUUUAUGUCAUUAUCGAUAUUAAGUUUCUCAUAUAUCCAUGGGCGGUACCCACGGAUAUAUAUAAGAAACUUAAUGCAAAAAAGAAUGAGAAAUUCAUUUUUUCCAAAAUAUAAUUUAGAUUAAACACACAUACUUUGGUAAAAGUUAUUCAUAAGUUUCUCAGUACAAAGAGUAAGACCAUUUUAGAAAGUAUUCUAAUAUAUUACGUAUUUAUUCUCGUAUUUACAAAAAUUACACUUUCUUUUCAGUCGGGUAAAAAUAUAACCAGUAGAUUAUAUUUUUAGAAAGUGUAAUUUUUGUAAAUACGAGUAUUAAUAGAUUCUAAAAUACCUAUAUAUAGCGUAUAUAGUUAAUAUAAUUGUAAGAAUAAAAUCAUUCCUACUAACCUGUAUAUAUUUACUUUAUGCAUUACAUAUUAAAAUUAUUUCGCUCUUA